UUCAAUAGAGUAAUCUAAUUCACCAGCUAGGCUCUUCUCAAAUUCAUUAGUAUAGAGGGGACAGUGGCUUAUUGUUAAGAUUAAUGUUUAUGAACUUAUUAUUAAGAGACUAUAAGGUGUUCUACUUUAGGCAUGAAUUACAAGUAUUUAUUAACUUAUCUAAAGCAUGUGCACUCAUAUUGUAUAUAGUAUAUGUCGUACUUAACAGUUUUUUUAGUUAUUUUAUAGGAUGCGUAAAAAACUUACGUUUUUACGCUUUAAUUCUACGCUUUACGAUUUUACCCCUUUUCCGUUUCUAGAUAGAUUCAUGCUUUUGACUGCAUUGAUUGAAAUUGAAGUGGACUCUUGGAAAAUGCAAAGUUGAUAGACUACCAUCUUACCACAUUUCAAUGUGUUGUUUUAACAUAUGAAUAUGAUCCACAUACUACAAUAGUCAAUAGAUAAUCCAAGAUCCAACUACCUCUGCUCACUAACUAUCAUCAUUGACUCUUAGCAUGAGUACACAAGAUGCAGGAGACAAAACAUGCAGGAUUUGCAAAAGGUGAAAAAGGUCUGAGAGUGAGACCUGUUAAGUUGACAGGAGAAAAUGGUCAAAUGGGGUCUUCAAUGAGGCAUUCAUCCUUUCUGGGGGUCGUUGAGUAAAUUUCAAUCUUCCCGGUGUUUUUUUUUUCUUCCUUUUCCGAUAAAAAAUAAAUACAAUCAUUCCCUCCCCCCUUCAUUAUUUCUGCCAUAAUUUCCAAAAGGCUUAAUCUUGAAGAGGACUGGGAGUGAGAAGUUAAUUAACGAAUCGCAUACAAAGCCCAUUUCCUUCGUCGUCGUCUUCUCAUUCUUCUGCAACUCCUUUUCAUCCUUGGCGCUUUCUUCCCAACGCCCAAUGAAAAUGUCUCUCUUCCACAGACAAACAUGCCGCCAUUGCCAUAUUGUUUUGAAUCUGAGCAUGCCGCGGUGAAGUCUGGAUUCCCCAAACCCAUUUUGGGCUCUUAAAACGUCUUAGCUUGCUCUUCUAUCAGGAUCCCAUCUCGUCGCCAUUUAAACUAAUGGGCUUUGAAGAAAAUGAUGCAGGAGUUUCACCAAGCCAAAGCUUGAAUGGAAGUUUUAGAAUGACCAGAUCAGGUCUUUCACAAUAUGACUUGCACUCCUCUCCCAGUUUCGAUGGAAGUUUCAGGAUGCCUGGAUCUGUUAUGUCUGGAAGAAGUUUAUCGGAUCUUUCUACUGCAACCAAACAAGUCUCUACUUCCAGAAGACAUUCCAAAUCACUGAAGGAUUGGGCUAGAAGCCUUACCAGCCUUGACUUAUUCACACACAGGUUCGAGAAUUGGGUCUCUGAAAAUGAUGAGUCUUUCAGCUCUCCCUUCUCAAUCGACGAAGUACUGAACCUCGAUUUAGCAUUGGAAGGAGUCCCAUUUCAGCAGCUAUGCCGGAUGCCAAGUUCUUCUUCAUAUCCAUCAGGCACCACAGAAGGGCAGUACUUAGCAAUGGAGGACUUUCUCCAUGCUGUAAUGAAUGGCUUGUGGCGCACAUUUUGGCACAGAAGUAGUAAACCACUUCCAUUUAGUCUAGCUUGUCCACGCAGGAUCGGAUCAAAGUUCUAUACGUUAGAGAAAGUAGCUUCAAGAGGAAGACUCCAAGAGGUUCAGGGCUUAGCUAUAGUUUCAAACGUCGAGACUCGUCAUCAGUGGGACCGAGUGGUUCAGUUUGCGUUGGUUAGACCGAACAUUCUGUCUGACAAUGAGCUCAAACUAUCCACCCGAAUCAUAUGUGAAGCCCUCUUCUUUGGUGUUCAUAUUCUCUGUACAGCUGGCAGGAAUUCGGUUUUCGUUUUGGUUUGUGACUCGACAUUUGGUGGCGUGGUGAAGAUAGAAGGUGAUAUUGGGAAGCUUGAGCUGAACUCUGUCAGUGAUCCUUAUGAAUGUGUCAUAGACUGGAUCAAACGUCAUGCUGAGGUCAGAGUCUCUCCAGUUGACCAGGUGUGGAACAAGCUAGGCAAUGCAAACUGGGGGGACAUAGGUACCCUGCAAGUAAUGCUGGCGACUUUUUACUCCAUGGUGGAAAUGAAUGGCUCGCCAAAGAAGUCCAUUGCUACGCUAGCCUCUCAACAUGGGCUUCGGCUUCAGAAUCGAAGGAUGGAGCGCCGCAUCAUCAGAAAUGGGAGCACUCCACAUGAAGGAGAGAUCAUAGAGGCCAGAAAUCAUCUUCAGGAACCCAAUAAGAAACAAGCUUCGAGAUUGAAGCUUCAACCCGGAACACUGCUGACGAUAGAUGACCAGCUCGAUGGAAGAAGGAAGAGCUUCCAAAUCCAGGAAUGUUCUGUUGGAGGGAAUUCCUUUCUCUCCAGUGCUAUCGACCUGGCUUGUCCAUCUCAGCUGUUGGCUCUAUCUGUUGGGGCCCACACCUCGAGACUCGAGCCCUCGUGGGAAGACAUGAGCUUGUGGUAUCAAGUCCAGAGACAAACCAAAGUGUUGAACAUUCUGAAGGGAUCUUCUUCUUCGAGCAAAUGCCUUCCGGAAAUGGUUGCUUGCGGAAGACUCUUCCAUUCAGGACAAUGCACUAGACAGAGCCCCAGUGGAAGGUGCAACGAUCCCUUCUGUGGGACCCCUAUACUCGUGACAUGUCCUGUAGGUCAGCCUCUGUCCUUCAUUGUAGCCCGGGACGGGCCAUUGUCAUCUACUGAGGCGAUUCGAUGCUGCAGAGAUUGCCUUGCAGGGUUGAAGAGUGCUGCAGCUGCCAACGUCCAGCAUGCAGACAUAUGCCCGGAGAACAUAGUCCGCCGCAUCCUUCCUCAUUCCACAACAACGACGUGUUCCUCUUCCUACGUCUUAACCUCAUGGGGUCGUGCAGUUCUGGAAGAACGAGACAGUGCGGCCAUCAACUUACAGUUCUCUUCAUCCUAUGCACUUCAGCACGGGAAGCUCUGUCCAUCCUCAGAUGCUGAGAGCCUCAUCUAUUUGCUGUUGUUCAUCACUGGCAGCAGCAUUAUGCAUCAGCAGCAGCAUGACUCGAUUGAGUCGGCAUUAGCGUGGAGGGAAAGAAGCUGGGGGGAGAGAUUGAUUCAGCAGCAGCUGGGAGAAGUGUCUCCGAUACUCAAGGCGUUUGCUGACUAUGUAGAUGGUGUGGCGGGAACGAAUUAUCCAGUCGAGUAUGGAGUGUGGGUGGAGAGGCUGAGUAGAGGGGUUGGUGGUGGUGGGGAUGAUAAAGGGAAGACGAUGGUUGAAGAAGAAGAAUAUGAGAUUGGUGAAAGGCUGGUGAUUGAAGAUGUGGAUGUUGCAGAAUCAAGUUCUUCGAGGAACUGAUGGGUAAAUUACCAUUUGGUUUUUGCUUGUUGAACUCCAUUUGGCUGUGGUCGAAGCCAUGUCUUAAAUUUGUUGGGCCAUGAAAGGAAUGCUGUAAGUAACGGUGGGAGGCAACGGUUUGGUUCAUAUUAGAUUGAAGACAAUCAAAUCAGUACUAUUGG